AUGCCUCCUAAAGGAAAACGUUCAAGGAAUGAUGUUUCAUCAUCAAGUUCCAGCAUGCCUAUAGAGCCACCACAAACCUUUGUUUCUUCAUCAAUUCCUACCGAACUACCACAUCUUCCGGUUCGUCCAUCUCAUGUAAGACGUGAGUCUAAGAAGAAAUGGACCGUACAAGCUAUAGUGCCAUUUGAUACGCAAAUGCAACCCUAUGGGGAAGCUGCAACACUCUUGUCAAAAGUAUGUGGACGUAUUGCCACUGAUUGCAACAAUGUUCUCGUUAAUUAUGAAGGAUGGGAUAAAGUACUUGAUUCAUACAAGACAGAAUGCUAUAAAAGUUUGAAGGCUCCAGAAACAAUUGCUAAGUGUUAUUGUCUACUUACCUUGGGAAGAAGGUUUAGAAACGGCAAGGCAAAAUUAUGUCAAUCAGUUGAGAAAUUAAAGCUUCUUAGAGAUCAACUAAUUGCAAAAGUCCCUGCUGGUGUUCCUAAAGAUCAAUGGUCAUCAUUUGUAGACUAUCAUUUGAAACCAAGUUAUAAGGAUCAGAUAUAUGAAGAAUUAAACCAAAGCACUAAUCCUACUGAAAUUUCAACAAAUGAUGUUGUUGCAAAAGUUUUUGGGCCAAAGAACUCUGGUCGUGUACGUGGUUUAGGCCUAGGUGGUCUUCCUAGCAUUGCAUUUGGACCCACAAGUGGACGAUUCAAUCCUAUAGGCUCUACUUUCUCCGGUGCGAAUUCAGCUAAAAGUUCUCAAUUAAAAGAUGAUGUUACUUCAUUGAAGACUAAGUUAGCAGCAUCUGAGGAGAGCCUUAAGACAUUACAGACUGUAAUGCUUGCAUAUAUACAAAUGAAGGAAGGACAGAUUCCUCCAGAGUUGGAUGCUUUGUUUGGUACCACUUCUGCUCCAGUGGAUGAAGGGAGUGAAGAAGCUAUUCCAACACGAGGAAGGUCUUCAUUAGAUAGUAAUCGCCCUUAA